AUGCCCAAGUUAUUAAGUGCACUGUAUGCGUGGGGCGCCAUUGCACUAGCUACACUGUAUGAUGCACUUGGUCAUGCCUCACGGAGGAAGACCAAGCAGAUGAGCGGUUGUUCUUCCCUCCUGGUAGCUUGGGUGUUUGAGCACUUCCCACCCACCAUUAUUCAGCGGAUUGAGGUCCCCGAGUACACGGAGGACCAGCCCAGAGCGUGCAGGUGGAUGGAGUCACGGGCUGGGCAUGCAGGACUGAUGGAGAGGCGAGUUCUCUUCGAUGAGAUGACGGCAGAGGACGUCAUAUGGACACCAUAUGAGGAGCACAGGAGUCACAGAGAGCUGGACGUCCGAGCUUUAUACUCAGGCUACAUCCGGACUCCCAUCCGGGCGGCCGUGCGACCUCAUCUUCCUGAGCGUGUGAUGCGGCAGUUUGGGUACGUGCAGCCUAUCCCGCGACACCCAUCUGUUGUGAUGGGCAUGAGUUCUGCUGCGGAGGUCGUUGAUGCAGCAUACCAGGAUUAUGAGCCACACUUGAUUCCAGAGGGGGUCCCUAGUAUAGUGGAUGGAGCGGCAGUAGAUGAUUACCUGGACUGGUACACCGGUGUAUCUCACCGGUUCAUCAUCCCGGAUGAGAGUAGGGCCGAUCUCAGUGCUGUGGUAAAAUAA